AAAAAGGCAACGAAAUCAUGGAUUGAAUAAGAAUUGAUUGAGCUACCAUAAAUCACAUUUGCGUAAAUGGAAAAAUUCUAAUAGAAUCUGUUCUUUUCCAAAAAACCGAUAAAAUUGGUUGUUAUAUACACAACUAGUUAGACGCCCUCAUUCACCCACCCCUAGAAACUUAUUCUUAUUAUAUUGGUGCCUCCCAAUUUUUUUUUACUAAUUAGCUAUGAUUCUUCCAAAGAAAACCAUGUUAUUGUUCUUGAUGGUUCUUGUAUUAUGUGUUGUAUCCAUGGGUGAAGUGUACAAGGUUGGUGACUCACCUGGAUGGACAGAUAUUGGACACUUUGACUACAAAUCUUGGUCUGCCUCUAAAAAUUUCCGUGUUGGCGAUUCCAUUGUGUUUGAGUACAACAAGCAAUUCCACAACGUGGUGAGAGUGACACACAAGAACUUCAAUGCAUGCAAUGCCACAACAACUUAUGCCACAUUCAACAGUGGCAAUGACACUUUUGUGAUUAGAAAACCAGGCCACUUCUACUUCAUUUCCAGCUUCCCUGGCCAUUGUCAAAAUGGUCAAAAAGUUGAUAUCAGGGUCCCUGGCCCCACGAAACAAUCGCCCUCUCCUUCGCCUUCUCCUUCGGUGCCAAUCACUCCGCCAACAACACGGGCACCUUCACCAUCUCCUGCUGCAGGUGAUAACAAAAGUGGAUCCUCAGAGAUGUUGUUUUCUUUCAAGCUUUGGUUGUCCAUGCUUCUACUAGUAGUAGUCGCUAUGGUUUAGUUUAUUUCCCACGUACUAUUUAUUUUUCUAAGACGUUUUUUUUUUCCAAUUUUAAGUAGGCAUGCAUGUUAUGGUUUGAUAGCUACGUUUCUGCUUGGUAAUUCUUAGUGAUAUUUAUAGUUAGAUGUUUAUAGCUCGUUUUGUGGGAUACUAUGUUGUUGCU